UUCGACUUCGAGCACUGUGUACUAUCCGCGCUUCAGCUUCAGCUUCCUCUUCGUUUCCAUCGGCAGAUGAUCCUCCGUCGUCGUCGCCGUCGCCGCCAUUGCUGAAGCUCAAGCUCAAGCUCGUUCGAACCUCCCCCGGAAGCAAAUCCAGCCGAGCAUGCGCGCGCCUCCGUUCCCUCGCGAACUCGCGGCUCCGCGAACGGAGCUCCGUGCGUAGAUCUCUCCAUCGCCGUCGGUCCAGAGCGCUCGCUAACGAUGUCGAAGGACGCAUGCGGCUCCCGGCUCGGCUCGAGGAGGAGCUCGCAGCUCGAGGCGAGCGAGAACGAGUUCGACGGCUCCCUGAGCUCGGCGGCUCACUUCCCGCCGCCGCGGACGCCGCUGAACGCGAUCCAGGACCCGUCGCAGCGCCACGGCGGGGUCCACGGGCCGGACUUGGACGCUAGGGAGAAGAGCGAGCUGAUCGGAGCCAGCAGGCCGUCGGACAAGAAGGUGGAAGCGUGGCAUUUGACGCCGAGGGCUGCUCGCGGGGGGAAGCCGCAUUCGGAGCCUAGCUCGGCGCAGAGCACGCCUGCGAGGGCUGCUGGCUCGAGAGCCUCGCUCGGCGGAGCAAUGGUGGGCUGCGCUGGGCCUAGAGGUAACGAUUUGGCCGGACAUAGGAGAAUGAGCUUGUACUCGGGGGCUUCGAGAGGAUUCCAGAUUGCAAAUGCAGAAACUCGGCUGGAAGUUCCGCAUUUCGAGCUCGAGGAAAAUUCGUCCUUCUGGACUGAUAAUAACGUGCAGGUUUUGAUAAGGAUUCGACCAUUGAGUAACUUGGAGAAGGUUUCUCAAGGGUAUGGAAGGUGCAUAAGACAGGAGAGUGCAAAGACUUUGGUGUGGCUUGGUUAUCCUGAAACGAGAUUCACCUUUGAUCAUAUCGCGUGUGAGACAAUAUCGCAGGAAAAGUUGUUCAGAGCUGCAGGAUUGCCCAUGGUGGAGAAUUGCUUGUCUGGCUAUAAUAGCUGUAUGUUCGCUUAUGGGCAGACAGGAAGUGGCAAGACCCAUACCAUGAUGGGUGAUAUCUAUGAAGUUGAAGGGAAGCUAAACGAAGGCUGUGGGAUAACUCCUCGUAUAUUUGAAUAUUUAUUUGCAAGGAUUAGAGUGAAUGAAGAAAGUAUGAAAGAAGAGAAGUUAACUUACAGCUGCAAAUGCUCCUUCUUGGAGAUAUACAACGAGCAGAUAACGGACCUCUUGGAGCCUUCAUCCACAAAUUUACAACUCAGAGAAGACAUGAAGAAAGGGGUAUAUGUAGAAAACCUAAAAGAACAUAAUGUGGUAACUGUCAGGGAUAUUGUGAAGCUUCUUUCACAGGGUGCUGCAAACAGAAAAAUGGCUGCAACACGCAUGAAUAGUGAGAGCAGUAGGUCGCACAGUGUUUUCACGUGCAUCAUUGAAAGCCACUGGGAGAAAGAUUCAAUGACACACUUUAGAUUUGCAAGGUUGAACUUAGUGGAUUUAGCUGGUUCUGAGAGGCAGAAAAGCUCAGCUGCAGAAGGCGACCGUUUGAAAGAAGCAGCAAAUAUAAAUAAGUCCUUAUCAACUCUUGGGUUGGUGAUUAUGUCUCUGGUGGAUUUAGCCCACGGGAAGCAUAGACAUGUUCCCUACAGAGAUUCUAGGCUCACGUUUUUACUUCAGGAUUCGCUCGGUGGGAACUCUAAAACAAUGAUCAUAGCAAAUGUCAGUCCAUCUACAUGUUCUGCAAAUGAAACGUUAAGCACUCUAAAGUUUGCUCAGCGUGCGAAACUCAUUCAGAACAAUGCAAAAGUGAACGAAGAUGCUUCAGGUGACAUAAGUGCACUCCAGAGGCAAAUCCAACAGUUGAAGGGUCAGUUGUCUUUUCUGAUGAAGCAUCAGAUUUCAUCAAGAUCUCUGUCGUAUGGGUAUCAAUGUCUCGAGGAUUCUAGCCUAAGUGGCUUGGCUAAGCAGUGUGACUCUUUAGGGGAAAGAAAAUCUGAUAAUCCUAAGAUGAACUUCACUGGUAGUAAAAAGGAUGUGAAGUGCUCGGUAGCCACUUUGCUUGGUUCCUUGAGGAGGGAAAAGAUGUUAGAGAUGGAAGUAAAAAAGUUGCAGGAUGAAAUCGAACACUUGAAAUGCCUGGCACACGAAAGGGAAGAGAAGGCCAAGCACAAUGAUACGACUUUAAAAUUUCGAGAGGAAAAAAUCAGAAGACUCGAGUUACUUGUGGAUGACAAAGUUACCUCAGAGAAGUACCUUGUGGAGGAAAACAAGGCUUUACUGGAAGAGAUUAAUUUGCUCCGAGAAAGAAUUGAUCAAAAUCCUGAAUUAAAACAAUUUGCUGCAGAGAAUAAUAGGCUCACGGAGCAACUUCAGUUGUAUCAAGACCUUUAUGGACCAAGGGAGCGGGAUAUAUUGCUGGCAGAAGUUUCAGAUUUGCGCAGUCAGCUGUUGGAGCUAGAAGAGAAAUCAACUAUAUAUGCACAAGAGGAGCACUGGGAUCUGAAGGACUUCGAAGACUGCCGCAAAAUGAAUGCAAGGCUAAUGAGGGAAGUUGAGGAAUUACCAACAGAACUGCAAAAAUACUUGUGCAGCAGUCAAGUCACAUGUGAUUCUGCAAAGUUAUCGGAUCUGUCUUCUAAGGAUCCUGAAGAAGUGACGUCAACAGAUAAAUAUUCGUUACUGGAAGAAAUGAUAUCCAUCAGCAGUGACUCGGGCAACAAAAUGAUAAACAGGGAAGAUGAGGAGUCUCUGGGGAACAGUAUAGGCCAAAGUGCUGGCAGUGCAUUGGAUGUGCACUACAGUAACCUUCAGGAGUUAUCGGAUGCUAGAAUGUUAAUUGAAUCUAUGGAGUUUGAACAGGUGCAUUUAAUUGAAAAGCUGCAGCAUAUGCAGGAGGAAAAUGAUCGGUUUAGGGUUAUUUUAGAAAAGACAAAUAAGGUAGACAGCUCUCUGCUUGGACCUGGAAGUCAAUCUUGGGAAUUAGCUGCGUUUGGAAAGAAAGCUCUGGAUGUAAGUCAAGACAUUAGAAUGAAUUCUAUGCAAGUGAAGCGGGAAAGAACUAUGCUAGACCUUGAGACAGCCAACUAUGAAGGAGAGCAGGCGUCCCAAUUGUUUGGCAGGAAUCAAGCUGAAAUAGUAAUGGAACAAGUUGAGAUGGAAACCGCAAGGACAAUCCUUCAGUUACAAGAUGAGGUUGCUUCCCUUCAGCUGGAGCUUCAUGAGAAACUAAGUUACUUGACUCAGGAAAAUGCAAGGCUAAGAGAAACUAUAGCAACCAAGGAGGAGGAACUUGUGUUAGUCACUGCAGAUUGGGAAAAGGCUAUAUUAGAACUAACGAACUUUCUUUUAGAUGGCACUAGAUCCCUCAAGGAUGCAUCUGGCUCGAUACGAAGGAUUGCCGGUUCAUUUCCCGAAGGUGAAGUUUUGAUCAGUGAACAAGUUGAGAGGGCCGCACAAGCUUGCAUUGAAAAGGAAGAAACAGUUCUGUCGCUUCAACACAGCUUGGAGAAUGCACAGAAGAUUGUACGGGAAACGGAGCUGAAGUUAAGUUCCUUGAAAGGUGCGACAAUGAGUCUAAGUGGAUCUCAGCAUAGAGCGGAUGAUGAAUGCACCAUUGAAGAAGCUGCAUUGAAUCUGAAGUUGGACGAGAAGACAGACAUGAUUAAGACUCUUGAGAGAAACUUAAAACAUAAGGAUGAUCAGAUAUCUGAAGCAGAAAAACGUGUAAAUGCUGCCCUUUUGAUUGUAAAAUGGCUCUCUGAUUGUCAUGAUGUUAAGCAGAGCAACAACAUCGAAAAAGAUAUUCAAGCGGCUAAUAUCAUUGAGAAGGAUGAUCAUGAGUUAUCUGAUACAAAGGCUGAUGCAGAUGCUCUGAUAUUGGAAAAUGCUAUGGCUCAAGUUGAGUUAGCUAGACUGGGGGUACUGGAGUCGAAGUAUGCUAUUGAUUCAUCUUAUGCAGAAGUGGAAAUGUUCAUGUUUUCCCUGCAGUCUGAAAUUCAGAAGUCAUUUGAUGAAUACAAGGAGUUUGUGCAUGAUAUAAUGAGAAAUCAUUUUGAUUUAAAAUUGCAACUAAAAGAGCUGGGAAAGAAUGCAGUCAAGUCAUUGCCUCUUAAAGAACCAAGUCUAGUGAUUGAAGAUCCAUGUCACAUGCUGAACAGGUUUAAAGAUGAACUAGCAGAAACAAAUAUCAGAUUGACUGACAUUAAAAAUUGGGUUGACAGGAACUUAAAUCUAUGUAGCUGCUCUCUGACAAAUGAAGAUGUGACCGAGCUGGAUGAGUUGAGUUCUGAUUCUUCAACUUCAAGUUCUGAUUUUUCUGCUGAAAGUUUAGUUCCAGACAAUGAUGUGAGUGCGUCUCCAAGCACAUGUUUGUCCAAGUGUACUGAGGUGGCACCUAAACAGCCAACAAAUUCUGACUUCCAUGAUGCUUUGCAAUUUAGUAACACCAGGAUGGGAGCGAAUAUGGAGCCCUUAAAGAGCAUAGUUCACAAAGAUAAGAUGAUUUUGUGCACAAGGAAGGAAUUAGAGACUACAUUAGAUGCUUUCAACAAACAAUAUACCCUUCUCAUGAUGCUGUUUGAUGCAAUUGACAUGGGAGCUUGCCCUAAUAGAAAAGGUACUAAACAUCAAUUUGAGUGCACUAAAUUGAAGCGGAAACAUGAAGGGGAUUUUUGUAAUUCAGGGGGGGAUACUGGCGAGAAGUUUCAUUAUGCUUGCAGUUUCUUAGUCAGAUUUGAGCAAGCCAAUGCAACCAUGAAAGAAGCUGACUUGAUGCUAAAUGAAUUGUUAAAAGCAAACGAAAAUGCAAAGAAUUUGGCUGAGAUUUGGAGGCAAACUAGUGAGGCUUUGAUGGUGGAGAAAGAACAUUUGAUUCAAGAAAUUCAGCAACUGAAGUCAUCAAUAAAAAUGAUUGAAGGAGAAAAUCAGUCACUCAAUGGGCAUAUUCAUUCUGCUUUUGCAGAGACAGCAAAAUCUCUCUCUUUACUUCAAGGGCAAUUCCUGCAGAUGCAAAAACAUGUGGAGGAUAUGUUCAAGGCCCUAGAAUGUGAUGUCCUAUCCAUGGGACAGGAUUUGUCUUCCUUCAUUUGCAACUCAAGUGCUUCAAUCGAAGAAGUAGCUACAGAGAUAAUGCAGAGAGGAAUUGCAGUAUUUGUGCUAUGGCAUUGUUAUUUGGGAGAGCUUAUACACAGAAAUAUUAUCCCAAGGUCAGAGUUGGAAUUUCAAUUGUUCAAACAGCGAGAAUACCCCAGGAUGAUGGAAGAUCUACAGACUGUUUAUUUUACUGGUCGAGAUAACCACAUAAACACUGGUGAUGAUGGCCUGCAGGGAAAUGAUCAAUACGCAGUUGUGAAAAAGUUACAUAAUGGCGAGGUAUGUCUACCUUCUGAUUGCCUGAAUGAAAAUUCAGUGCUGAAAAAUGAACUGGAGAGGAAAGAAGUUAUCUUACAGGGUUUGCUAUUUGAUUUAAGCAUGUUGCAAGAAGCAGCUUCUCACACCAAGGACUUAAAGGAUGAGACAAAACUGCUACAGAAUUCAUUGAGCAAAGUCCACAAUGAGUUGGAUAACAAGAUGAGUGAACUCGAUAACAUGACUGUUGAGUACAAAAAGCUUGAAAGCCUUCUGGCUGAUACUGAGAAGGCCCUUCAAGGGAAAAUUUCAGAGAUUGAGCAGGCUAAAGAUAUGAUGGAUGCUUUGUCAGAACAAAAUGAUGAGUUGACGACUCUUUUGAAAGAUCUUUAUGUAAGAAAAUCCGAAGCUGAGAAACAACUGGAUGAACAAAGAGAGGUGGUAAAAGGUCUGGAAGAAGAAAUUCUUCAUUUGACUUCAACAAUGGAAAGAAAAGUACUUUUUUCAGUUGAAAGUAUUCAAGAUGAUCUAAAAUUGGUCGUGAGAGAGCGGGACCAGCUGCGCGAACAAGUUGGCUCCCUGACUAGUAAGCUUGAAUUGGCCUAUUCUCUAGCUGAUGAAAACGAAGCUAUUGCUAUUGAAGCUCGUCAGGAGUCAGAAACAAGUAAGUCACUGGCUGAACAAAAGGAGGAGGAGAUAAAAAUUUUAGAGCAUUCUGUUGAGGAGCUUGAGCAUACGAUUAACGUACUGGAGAAGAAGGUCUAUGAAAUGGAUCAAGAUGUAGAAAAGCAUAGAAUAAUCCGAGAUUCAUUGGAAAAGGAACUCCAGGGUUUGAGAAAGAGACUGGCAACAGUUGAAAGUUUCACAGAGAAUCAGGAUUUAGCGAGCGUAAAUGGUCGCUACUCAGAAGAUCAUCUUCCUAGGAAUGAAUAUCCAUUGUUACUGGAACUUCAUGAGGCAUACGGGCAGAUAAAAUUUCUAGGAGAGGAAAGAGUGGAACUAGAGAGAGAGAUCAAACAAUGCAAAGAGUACAUCUCCGAACUUGUACUGCAUGCUGAAGCGCAGGCAUCUCAAUAUCAACAAAAGUACAAGACCCUGGAGAACUUGGUUCAUGAAAUAAAGACUGAUUUGUCAAGCUCAGCAUCAACAGCACCACCCCUUGAAAAGCAUGAGAAAAGCUCGUCAAGGCCAAGAGGCUCCAGCUCCCCAUUCAGAUGCAUUUCAAGUCUAAUUCAGCAAACGAACCUGGAGAAGGAUCAGGAACUGUCGGUCGCAAAGCUACACAUCCAGGAGUUGGAGGCACUUGCAGCUAGUCAGCAGCAGGAGGUAUGUGUGCUCAACUCUAGGCUGGCUGCAGCAGAGAGCAUGACUCAUGAUGUCAUUCGGGAUUUACUUGGUGUCAAAUUAGAUAUGACAAACUACGCUAACUUGAUAGAACAGCACCAGGUGCAAAAAUUAGUUGAAGUAGCUAAUAAGCAGACAUCAAAUUUCCACACAAAGGAGCAAGAAGUUCUAAAGUUAAGGAAGCAGAUUGACGAUUUGGCUAAGGAAAGAGAAAGUUGCAUGAUGGAAAUAAGCCACAGAGAAGCAGAUUUGUUUGCUACACAGAUGACUUUAGAGCAACUUCAACAGCGGGAUCAAUUACUUUCAGCACAGAAUGAAAUGUUGAAGAUGGACAAAACAAAUCUAAAUCGGAAAGUGGCUGAACUGGAUGAGAUGGUAAAGACACUUCUUUGUGCAGAGGUCAACCAAAAGCCACUUCAGCGCAAGUUGAAAUUUAAGGAGAAUGGUUCUUUAGCUGUUGGUGCUGGCGCUUCCAGCAAGAGGUCGCAGAAUGUAAAUGCUGAUGGCCCGGAAGCCCACCUAAAUGUGCAUGGCCAAUCUUUUUGUAUAUGAAUGGAGGCCUAGGCACAUGUCUGUACAUUCUGGAGAUCUCUCUUUUAAACCUGAUUCCGUGAAUCAAGAGAAAAUUGGUUGUGUAUUUAACAAAAGAUUGGUGGUGCUGCCAAGAGUACAGAUUCUUUAUGUUCUGGCAAGGAUAAUUAUACUUUCAUUCGCAUGCCUCAUUGCUUCGCUUCUUCGGGGGCAUCCACACGUACCUUUUUUUAUCUGAUGAGUGGAGUGUUAGAAAAUUUGUAAAUUUUGGGCGCCAAACCCUGAUCCCACGAUUUGGUAUCAUGUGAUCGUGAAAAUAAGGUGGCGCGUUAAUUGUGUGAUAGAAGAAGAGGAUUCAGACUUUUCAUUGAGAAGUCGGAUUGUUCGUGGAUCUAAAACAUACUGCCAAGGGGGCAUCUCUUCGAGGAUCGUGAUCGAUUUUGAGGGUACAGUAUUUUUUGGGUGUCA